CACAGUUUGUUUUGCUGGAUGUUCGUGCCGAGCUCGAUUCCCAGCCGCCCUUGACCUUUGACCUUGUUGCAAGCUCUCUUCUGACACCUCGUAGCGCGAUUGACCGCUCCAUUGCACGCCGAACUGCCUAACACUCGUCCGACCGCCUCCGUUCGACCCGCUCGAGACCGACGACGACGAAUACGACGACACCGACGUUGAUACCGAAUUUCUCUCCUGCUUGUCGCCUGCCGCCGCCAUGUCUGUCAAGUUCCAGCAAGAGACCGUCCAGCAGGUGGUCAACCAGGCCCCGGAGUCUCUGCGGGCGGAAACCAAGGAGCUGGUGCAUAACAUCGGCGAGCGGUUGACUGGAGGAAGCACGGCCAAUGGCUAUCUUACGCUGUAUCUCCGCCAGCUGCAGUCGAACCCGAUGCGCACCAAGAUGGUGACCUCCGGUGUGCUGUCGGGUCUGCAAGAGUUCCUCGCCUCGUGGAUCGCGCACGAUGUCGGCAAGCAUGGCCACUACUUCAGCUCGCGCAUCCCCAAAAUGAUGCUCUACGGCACCUUCAUUAGCGCCCCGCUGGGCCAUCUGCUCAUCGGCAUCCUCCAGAAGCUGUUUGCCGGCCGCACCAGCUUGAAGGCCAAGGUCUUGCAGAUUCUCUUCAGCAAUUUGAUUAUCUCGCCCAUCCAGAACGUCGUCUACCUGUCCUGCAUGGCCGUGAUCGCCGGUGCCCGCACCUUCCACCAGGUGCGCGCCACCAUCCGCGCGGGCUUCAUGCCCGUCAUGAAGGUCAGCUGGAUCACCUCGCCGCUUGCGCUGGCCUUUGCGCAAAAGUUCCUGCCGGAGCACGCCUGGGUCCCCUUCUUCAACAUCAUCGGUUUCAUCAUCGGAACCUACGUCAACACUCACACUAAGAAGAAGCGCCUUGAAGCGCUACGCAAGCACUACGAUCAGCGCCGUGGCCCCGGAGGCGAAUAUUAGAUGAGGGACUUCCCUUGAUUUCUGGUCAGCGCGUGUCAUCCACCACUUUUGACAACACCGGCCCCGUGGAUGACAAGACAAGAAAAACAAUCCAGAAUCCCUCCUGAUUCCAGAAUCUAGAUAAUAUACCAGAGCUUCUGUGUGAAGUACAAAUGGUUAUCGCAAAUUUCCUCUGUCAUUUCCUUUGUCCCCCUUGUCCCCCGCAUGUGAUUUUAUCUCUUCCCCCCGGUUCCCUGUUCUGCUUCGAGACGAGUAACAUAUGCCGCUUUUUUUU